AUGAUAAGGGCGAUCAGGAAGGUGCUUUCUGACGUGUGGCAUCAUCUAUGUUCAUGGCAUAUUGAAAAGAAUAUGCAGAAACACCUCAACCACAAGUCAUUGAAGGAGUUCAGGGCAUUAUUGUACUAUGCCACUACACAUAAGGUUUUUGAGGAGAGAUGGGCCGCGUUUGUGCGCAAAUGGCAGACGGAGAGAACGAAAACAUGGCUCCAUAGGAUGUACAGGAAGAGGAGGCUUUGGGCUGCAUCAUAUUUGUCUGGUGGGUUUUUCCUUGGUAUGCGCUGUAAUCAGAGGAGUGAGAGUCUGAACUCCAUCCUGCACCUUCAUCUUGACUAUGGUAUGACGAUCGUUGACAUGAUUGUACACUACGAGAAUUGUAUUGUUCGCCUCCGUGAGAAUGAAGCUUAUGAUGACUACACGGCCUCACAGACUCUUCCAGUAACAGUGACUGAGUGUCAGGCCAUUGAGUCGUAUGCUGCGAAAGCAUUCACGCAGGCAAACUUUUAUAUGUUGCAACAAGAUAUGAAGAAGGUACAGGAGCUUGAGGUAAUUGAUAGACUGACAGGGACCGAUAGUCAGAGAUUUGUGGUUGCGUGGAAGAAUAACAGGGAUCACAGAUUUAAUGUGGACUAUACGCCAGAUUCUCAAAAAAAGCACGAGCUGGACUGCCCGUGA